GUUGAGCUCGGGCUGCCGCACACACCGGAGGGCACAGUGUUACAGACGGUUAGGAAAAAAAAACACAACAUACCGGCGUGGAAAUGUUGGUGAGCUGAUUUAGGAGCCACGUCGAGAAGCAGGGGAGCAGGUCUAAUCUUACCUCGGCACUUUUUUGUGUGUGUUUCAUGAAGCAAUAAACUAGCGGGGAGACCGGACUGUAUUUUUACGCACCGGCCACGCAGCAUGCCCGAGUUGGACUAGAAGCGACCCUGCCGGAGCGCAACACGCACGCGUAACGCCACUGAGAGCCAGGAGGAAUAUUUACAAUAGAAACUCAAUUCCUUUUUUCUUUUUUUUGGGAGGAAGAAUAGCAAAAGCAGGGGGCGGAGGAGUGAAAGAUAACACUGGAAUGAAGUGGACCUCGGGAUUCCUGGCGUGCUGCGGAGUUGUGACUGAUGGAUGAAUGUGGUCAUCUGUAGGCUAUAAACGGCGACAGGUACACACACCACCGAGGGGAGCUCUGACAAAGACGCGGCGCGAGGCUCCACCGACAGCCGCAUCGUCAGAUUGUGGCAAAACUGCGCGAUUGGUUAGAUCCACUCCACGCAUCGGGAUCGCCGAGUUUUGUCCACAGAGUGAAAGAAAAGGUCGUGAGGGGGUGUUUUUUUUUCUUUCUCCUGUCUCAGCCACAGGUCAACCAGGACACUCGGUGGGCUGCUGCUGCUGCUUUCCUCCAAAUCCUAUCAAGAACCGGGGCUCCUUCGCACGGCAGUUCAGUUAAGGACACGGGGUCUGGAGCAGAUCUAAAGAAGUCGGACACAAGGACAUGUAUCUGAUAUCGACCUCACAUGCUCCCGACUGAUCGUAGCUCACCUUCCCACCGGGCGAACCGCAGAUAAAGGUUGCCAAGCGCACCGUCCGUCGCUCUAGAGUUCUCGGCUCACUCCUCUUGUGCAUUUAUCAGAAUGGCGGGACUCGGUUGUUGGAAGUAUUACCUCUGGAUCUUUACAAUAAUGUGCAGGUCGGCGUUACCCUCGGCUAAAUCGCUGGAGACUAUAAUCUGGAGCUCGCAGAAUCCCAAGUUUGUGGCUGGAAAAGGCCUGGUGAUUUACCCCGACAUCGGGGACAAGCUGGAUAUCAUCUGUCCCAAAGCGGACCAAGGGAGAGACUACGAAUACUACAAGUUGUAUCUGGUGAAGAGGGAGCAGGCGGAGAGCUGCAGUACAGUCCUCGAUCCUAACGUCCUGGUCAACUGUAACAAACCCGAGAAGGACAUCAAGUUCACCAUCAAAUUCCAGGAGUUCAGCCCCAACUACAUGGGCUUGGAGUUCAAGAGGAACGUCAACUACUACAUCACCUCAACCUCCAACGGUACAGUCGAGGGCCUCGAGAACCGGGAGGGAGGCGUGUGCAAGAGCCGAGCCAUGAAAGUCAUCAUGAAAGUCGGGCAAGUUCCAAAUGCAAACCCCGCCGUGCCGGAGGUUCCAGACAACACCAUACCCGAGUCCAGUCCCAGUCUGCCUGACCAGGAUCGGCCGGGAGCAGAGAUACCAGGAAACACUGACCACAUGAAUCAGGACCAGUCCGGGUCUUCAGAUUCAGAGGGCUUCCUCAGGUCCAAAGCGGCCCUUUUCUCCGUCAUCGGGGUCGGCUGCAUCAUCUUCCUCCUGCUCAUCCUCCUCCUCGUCAUCCUCCUCAUUAAGAUGCGCAAGCGGGCCAGGAAAAACGCCCACUCGCAGCCCCGCCCCUCCGCGCUGUCCCUCAGCACCCUGUCCAACCCCAAGCUGCCGGGGGGCACGGCUGGGACGGAGCCUAGCGACAUCAUCAUUCCGCUGCGGACAGAGAACAACUACUGCCCUCACUAUGAGAAGGUGAGCGGCGACUAUGGCCACCCGGUCUACAUAGUCCAGGAGAUGCCGCCGCAGAGCCCCGCCAACAUCUACUACAAAGUCUGACGCGCUUUUGCGCAGCCGGCGUCGCGGUCAGGAGAUAGAAAGAGAGAGAGAGAAGGAAAAAAGAGAGGAGCGCUUGACUUAAGUUCGUGGGAAGGACACUUUCCUUUUGCAUUUUCGGGGAGCUUGAUGUUUCUUCAAGCCCGUGUUAUUUCUACCACCUGCUGCACAAAUCUGGAGAACCGUGCACUGACCAGUAACCAGCGGGGUUAGGAGCUGACGGAUGAGAGACAGAGAGGUUUAUUCUGUUUGUUUGGCUUGCCUGACAAUCCCCACCUUCUUCCCUCCUCCUCCUCUUCCCCCACACUUUGCCUCACCUCCCACCUCCCGUACCGUUCUCCCAGCUGUGUUCUGACCGCGAGGAGGGUGGGGUUGCGGGGGGAGACACCAACAGAUGGAACUCAAACUUCGUCAUUCGCUGUCCCUUUGUAGGGACGGGAUAUAACUUAUCUCAGUUCCCCAAAGUCUGCUCUACACCCAGUUAAACACACCACCCUAGCACACUAAGGCAGGAGCAGGCAGACGCAGGCCCGAACACCGCUCGGCCUGCAGUUUGUGUGCAAGUGUUGGAAAAAAACAAACUACAAAACAAACGUGUGUGUGUGUGUUUGUGUGUGUGUGUGUGUGUGUGUGUAUGCGUGCAUUUCUGUGCAUGUGUGCGCACGCGUGUGUGUUAGUCGGGGCUCCGUGCUGGGCCAGGAAACUCUCCAGAUAGCUCAGGUAUCAGACACAGUGUGUGAAAUAAUGUGUUCCUCUCCCUUCGCACCUCUGAUGUUUGCCUUACUAUUUUUGAUGGAGGAUUUCCUUGAACCCCGAUUCAGUUCACAAAGCAGUUGUAUUUUGUUAGACUUUUCCUACAAGUGCACAAUGUAUAGAGUUACAUAGAGCACCAUUAUUGCUCCAUCUUCUCAUCACCCAUAUCAUCCACUGCUCCCAUUUUUUUUCUUUUCUUCUUUUCCUUCCCCGUAAGGAAAUACCUUGACCUGGACUGCUGAUGUCAAGGUGUGUCUAUGUGUGUAUGUGUGUUUCCAGGAAUACUCCUAUCUCUGCUGGCCCGAUAUGAGCUUUACCAUUACGACUUCUCUGUGUGUAUGUGUGUGUUUUAUCAGGGUGUGUCUUCCAUUAGUGUGUUUGGACAUGUCCAGACCCGUUUGGUAUCUGAGAAGCCUUAUUGGCUUAGAGGUAGAACACUAGGUUACUGUUGCAAGCUUCAAAAAUGACACACACAGACAGAACGACGCGCCUGCAGAGAGACAAGCCCGAGCUCUUGCAAAACCCUUUCAGUGCUCCAGUUGGCACUGAUCUUUACUGUGUCUGAUGAGCUUUCAGGGCGAUUGUUUUUAAGACAGCAGGCAGGUUGAUAUUUGUUUAUUCUAGCUUUUGGAACCACAGUGUAAGCAUCAAACAAUUUCGUGCUCGCUGCCUGGGCAAGGUGGGCGUAGGCUGGCACUGAUUGGCUGGCCUACAUAGGUAGGAUGCCCUAUAUAUAAGUUGGAUGGAGAGCUACAGCUGAACACAGAGCUACAGUAUUAUCAGAUGCCAAUUGGCUGCCAUCUGUGGAUGAGUCAGUGGAGUGCACAGUUAGUGGUGUCGCCAGCGUGUGACUAAUCUGUGUGCCAUCUCCAUGCCCACACUCACCAGCCGGGGAGCAGGGAGAGUGAGAGCGGCGGCUAGAAGAGAAAAUGUUCCUGUGACUUGGCUUUAACCUGCGAGGGUGAUGGCGGUGGGAACGAGGGGGUGACGGGUGAGGCGGAGGUAGCUUUUUUAGCGUUCACCCCCCCUCCUCUCACCAGUUGUGCUGUGAAUAAAAAUGCCGCGCAAAUUAUUCCACAGUCAAGGUGCUCAGCCAGCGAGGACACUGCAGACCAGCUAUCACACAGCCCAGGGCAGCGGGAACAGGAUUUACUGCGGCUGGAUGUGUGUGUGCACGCAGAGGCUCGCUGCUGAACGUGUAGGUGCUCAUAUGUGUGAAGCUUAUUUGUGCUUAUAUUUGCAGUUUUUUUCUGUACGUAUGCGCACAUGUGUGAGUGUGUGUAAGUGUACCCUUCUGUGGUCCAGCCUCUGAACAGACCUGGGUUUUUUUUGGGGGGGGGGGAGAAUGUGGAAGUAGGUGCUCCAAACAGUGUGGCUGCCAAAGUACAGAGUGCCGCAGUCCCGGUUAAUGAUGUGCGAGAGGAGAGGGGAGCAGAUAAGGACAGCCAUUCCUAGGCACGCAGACAUGAGCUGACGUUUGACGCACAUGUGCGCGCGCACACACACACACACACACACACACACACACAAACACACCAAGACUGACGGGUCCAGGUUUAUCUCCAGUCAAACGGUCAGGCUGCCGGUUAAUGUUUAUCCACCGGUAGAGACACCCAUCAUCCGCUGCCACAUACUGUUGCCAUCCACCGACAGACACUGCUGAGUUAAAAGGCAGCCCAGCUUGAAGACUCUGGGAAGACUCCAGUGGCUUUUUUUUUUUUGUGCGUGUCGUUAACCUCAGAGUUAACAACCUAAACAGCUGCUUGUGCUUUUGUGGUCCUGUGUUUUAACUCAGCAUGCAGCCCUCAGCGGCCCUCUGCGAAACACAUCUAGAUCAAAUAUUUUUGUUUCGGAUCGCCGCGCAUCCGUUCACCUACACCAGCUUAGGGAGUCAUUACCAAAUUACCACAAACCCAUAUCUCAUUUUCAUUCAUUCUAGUAAACCACUUAAUGUUAUUCAAGUUUUUUUGUUUUUUUGGGGGGUGGGCGGGGUGGGUAUAAAACAGUAAAUGUAAAUAUAUGGAUAGAGCCCGAUUUAAGAUGUAAUUUCACCUGAACACUGCUCACGAGGACAAAAAAAUUAAGAUUAGAUUUUUGUAAUGGAGGAUGUUUGUAAAUAGCUGUCUUUUUAAAGUGUGUUUUGUAUGAAUCCUUGCAUUUUUUUUUUUUUUUUUGGUCUCUGCAACAUGUUUUUAUUUACUUUUUCCUUUAGAGUUAAUAUUGCAAAAGUUCACAUGAGCUGCCUUUUUUGUGCAGCUUUGUCCAGUAUUGUCAAAAUAAAGAAAACUCUUUGUUACCACAUGUGUUUUAAAAAGAAAAAAAAUGGGGUUCAGAUUUUUAUUUUAUUUUUUUUUACAUUGCCAUUAAACACAAAUUGUACUAGAAGCUGUUCAGGACUGAAGCUUUGUCACAGAGUGGCUUUGAAAAGGAUGCGUCACGCUGAAGCUGUGAGUGAUAAGGCCCUUCCCUGUUGGAGACGGCACUUAACUCUGCAUAUGAAGACUGUGUUAUUCCACUGCCUUUGAGUUACCUGCACCUUCCACUCCAUUAUAAGAUGUAAAACACUCUGGGCCCGCAAAGAUGAAUCUUUCCUCAGUUUUAAUAAGUCUGUCGGGCCAGACUGAGAAAGAGAGAGAGAUGUAGAGAGAGGGAGAGAAAGGAGGAGAAAAGGAGGCCAUGUAUGAGUGUGUGGCCGUACUGCGCUCACCAAUAAAUCAUCUGGUUUACACCACUCAUUAUCUCCCAGGCGGUCCUUUGUUUUAAAGAUGCUCUCUCCUUCUCUUUCCCUCCCUCCGCCCCUCUCCUUUGUCAUCACUCCCUUCCCAAUUUAGCACAAGGAUGUUGGUCGCUCGUGGCAUGAGCCUCACUGUAGGUUGAUUUCUGCUAUUGUUCAAAGCCACAGUAUUAUUUUUCAAUGUGCAUGUGUAAGCAGAACCUGUUGCAUUCGUUUCCCUUUGUUUGAAUCACAGCUGUCGAGUUUUUGUUUUUUGUUUUUUAUUUCAUUUUGCCGUUCACUUUUUUUUUCUGCAGCUUCUCAGCAUAACCUGUUGGCACCAGCUACAAUGGAAAUAACGUUCCACCAGUUUGGAAACUACCGCAUAUUGAUAAAUAAAAUUUUUCCCAUGGAA